AUGAAUGUCCAGGCAGAGCCACUCGCGCUGAAGUGCAUACAUACACACAGCAUGGUCUGCUGUCACGACGAGGUUCCUGCAGUGCUGUGGCGUCACGCAAAGCGCGAAUCGGCUUUGUACUGCUCUUGCCCUAAUCCUGGAGAUUGUUCUUCCAACCUCGUUUCUUCUUACGCUCCGGAAAACGUUCUGUUGGAUCUCUCAGCUGCAACGUGUCUCCAGGGAAGCGCAUGCAGCCUGCACAUUGUUCGCAAAAGGGGGCAGCGAACGGACGGCUUUGCUCUUCGCUCCUCUGCAGUCUGCGUCUUACUGCCCUCGCUAUUCACCGUUAGAAUCCCUCUCCUCUUCGAUUUCGGACCCCGGUUGAUUCUGCUGUGUCUUUUCUGCCUUGUGGCAACAAAACGAAAUCGAGAACCCGCGAGUCCAGGCGCUUUCUUCCGCCUUCCCGCCGUUGAGGCUCAGCCCCAAACAGCGCGGAGACCGGCCGGGCGACUUUGCACUGCUCGAGUGUGUUCCGUGCACCUCGAUUUUCUCUCCAUCGUCAAAGGCAAGUGCCUUGUCACCUUCUGA